AAAGAUAAAGAUUUAUUGAAUGCCGUUCAGGCUUAUUUUGGAGUAGGUCAAGUAGCUAAGGGAGAAAAAAAUGUCUAUCGUUAUCAAGUUCGUAAACUUAACGAUUUGAAUAUUAUCAUAGAUCAUUUUAAUAAAUACCCUUUAAUAACACAAAAACAUUCGAACUUUGAAUUAUUUAAGAAAGCUGUGGAAAUGUUUUCUAAUAAAGAACAUUUAACUCUAGACGGUAUUCAUAAAUUAAUAUCUAUUAAAACAGCGAUGAAUUUAGGUUUAUCUCCUGACUUGAAAGCAGCCUUUCCUAAUAUUGAAAGUUAUCCUAAACCCUUUGUUAAAGAUCAAAAAAUAAGAAACCCUUAUUGA